UUAAAAUAGCACAAACUGGGAUGCACAAGUUAUUUUAAAACGAGCUUAUGAUAGAAGUUUAAACCGUACCAAGCAAUUAUGCUGCAAAACCUAUCUUUAACAUUUAACCAAACUGAAGUCCCUUCUGAAGAAAGAGAUGAAAUGGCUGCCUCAAUGGAAAAUGUCCCUUUGAUGAUCAGUUACAUGAUACUGAGUCUCGUUGGCGUCGUCGGAAAUUCGCUCGUGAUAACAUUAGUGCGGAGAAACCGCAAUUUGCGUUCGACCACGAACAUUCUUCUUGCAUUUGUGGCAGUAGCAGAUUUGAUCUCGCUGAUUUGUUUCGUUCCUUUCGCGUUCUUCCUCGUGUUCCCGCUUCCUGGAGGGGUUCUCGGUUCCGUGUUUUGCUGGGUUUUCGCUCGAGGAAACGUAUCGAGCGUAACCAUCGCUGUCUCCAUCACUACACUCGCCUUAUUGGCUAUCGAGCGAUUCCAUGCUCUUGUCAAACCAUUGAACAACAGGCUGCGUAUAGCCAGGGAAAACAUUAUCUACUGGGUCUUUGGCAUUUCGAUUUACGCGGUCGCUCUGAUCAUUCCACUUUUCAUCUUCACUGUCUUCGACAAACGGAAGAAAACUUGCUUUCAUGACUUUGGAAGAAAUGGCCGGCGCAUCUACUUUUCAGUAUUUGGGUUCGGAGUGGCUUUAGCCCUGGCAGUGAUAUGCUUCUGUUAUUGCCAGAUUAUUAAAGGAUUUUACUUCGGCUGUCAGAAAAUUUGCGUCAGCGAAGAGCUGCAGCGCAAGCGGAAGGUAGUCAGGUUACUGCUUAUCGUGACAUUAGCUUUCAUCGUUUGCUUCACUCCUCGAGCAAUUUAUUUCUUGUUUUACCACUCCAACAAGGGUUUGCUUCACAAGACAUCUCUAUUUCUGUUACACUGCAACUCAGCCAUGAAUCCUGUUAUUCUUGGAUUUCAAAGUGAGAGAUAUCGUUGUGGGUUCAAGGAAAUAAUUGCAGAAUUCAUGGCUAAAACUAAAAGACUCGUAUGUUGAUUAUAACUUUUUAGUUUUUGCUAUUGUGAAGUACGUAUACCCUCUUAUCAGUAGGUAUGUGAUUUGUAUGUGUAUAUGUAUGUGUUAUAUUGAACUGUAUGUUACUGUGGAAUAUUCGGUCAAAACAUCAUUGAAAAGGAACCUUAUAUUAGAUUCUCGAAAGCUAAAAGUAGUUAAAUAAUUUUAUUUUACUGACUUAAACAAAGAGAACGAUUCGCAUUUGCAAUAGAUUGUCCGUAAGGCACGUUUUAAAUUACAGAUAAACAGCAUUAAUGGAGGGGCAGCUGCUUCGAACGCUGAAUUACUUUCACCUUCGCUACACAAGCCUUUGGUUAGAACACAGCGCGACGUGAGUUAUAGUCUGCAGUACGUAGCUAACUAGCUUGUAAUAAAAGAUGGUAAGCGAAAUAAAGAGAUUUUAGAUUUGAUUCUGGAUCUUAAGGAAGGGUUUCAUGAUUUUUUUUUUUCCGGUAGAGAAUUAAUUGAUGACGACAAUGCAAACCUAAGUGAUCGAUAUCACAUGUAAAUGAUGCUUGAAAUUGGACGCGGAAUUGCUCCUGGUUAACUUGAACUUUAAUUAAAAGCGCUGAUGUGCGGGAUAGAAUGAAGUGGAAGGAUUCGAUUACUGACCCCCGGAGUGGAUACAUAGUAAUUAUUCAACGCAUUCGAAUGGUAAACCAUAAAAUAUCUCACUUUUCACUAGUAUUUUCUCGGUAUACACAUGGUCCAGUUCAGACGUCGUGCUUCUGCCGUGCCGAACUCAAUUGCAAUUUGGUUCGAGUAUGACACGGCAGAAAAACAACUCUGAUUCAGACGUCGUACCAGAGUCGAAUCAAAUUUAGAAUUUACUGAUGCCUCGCAAAAUUCUCCUCCUAACUCUCCGUGGGAGCGCAAUCCCGCCAAAAUAUAUUAAUAUAAUUUAUGAAUUUUGUUUGGCGCGACAGAGGCACGACGUUUGAAUCGCUGCCGUGC